AUGGCCGCAGAACUCGUCGACCACUCCCCGCACCACCCCGCGCCCGCGCCGCCCGUUGCAACGGCCAAGAACCUCGUGCUCAUAGACAACUACGACUCCUUCACCUGGAACAUCUACCAGUAUCUUGUCCUCGAGGGCGCCACCGUCACCGUCCUCCGCAAUGACGAGGUCACCCUCGACGAGCUCAUCGCGAAGAACCCGACCCAGCUGGUCGUGAGCCCUGGGCCCGGCCACCCCGAGACCGACUCCGGCAUAAGCAGGGACGCCAUCAGACACUUUGCGGGCAAGAUCCCCAUCCUGGGCGUGUGCAUGGGCGAGCAAUGCAUCUACUCUGUCUACGGCGGCCGUGUCGACGUGACGGGCGAAAUUCUGCACGGAAAGACUUCGCCGCUGCGCCAUGACGGUAAGGGCGUGUACGCGAACGUCCCUCAAGACGUGGCCGUGACGAGAUACCACUCGCUCGCCGGCACCCAUCCUACGCUUCCCGAGUGCCUUGAAGUCUCAGCAUGGAUUGCGGUCGGCCCGGACGGUGGCAAGGGUAUAAUCAUGGGUGUCAGGCACAAGGAAUAUGUCAUUGAGGGUGUGCAAUACCACCCGGAGAGCAUCUUGACAGAGGACGGCCGGACGCAGAUCAAGAACUUUUUGAAGAUGCAGGGAGGCACCUGGGCUGAGAACGAGAAGCUCUCCAAGGCCCAGCCAGCUGCUGCGACCGCCCCCAACGGCGCUAUUGUUGUCGACAAGAAGACUUCCAUCCUGGAGAAGAUCUUCGAUCACCGCCGUGCGGCUGUUGCCGCGCAGAAGGAGAUUCCUUCUCAGAGGCCCGUGGAUCUGCAGGCUGCGUUUGACAUGGACAUCGCCCCGCCUCUCAUUUCUUUCCCCGAUCGUCUCAGGCAGUCGCCUUACCGGCUGUCGUUGAUGGCGGAGAUUAAGCGCGCGUCACCCUCCAAGGGCAUCAUUUCACUGUCGACGUGCGCGCCUCAGCAGGCUCGGACCUACGCGCUCGCAGGUGCCAGCACGAUCUCUGUCCUCACCGAGCCCGAAUGGUUCAAGGGAAGCAUUGAUGACCUGAAGCUUGUGCGCCAGGCUCUGGAAGGCAUGCCCAACCGCCCGGCCAUUCUGCGCAAGGAAUUCAUCUUUGACGAGUACCAGAUCCUGGAGGCCAGGCUGGCUGGUGCCGAUACUGUUCUUCUGAUCGUCAAGAUGCUGGACGAAGCCACUCUGAAGAAGCUAUAUCACUACUCUCAGUCGCUUGGCAUGGAACCUCUAGUGGAGGUCAACACGGCUGAUGAGAUGCACAUUGCCGUGAAUCUCGGAGCGAAGGUCAUCGGCGUGAACAACCGCAACCUGACCAACUUCGAGGUGGACUUGGAAACCACCAGCAGGCUGAUGGACAUCGUCCCCAAGGAAACCAUUGUCUGCGCUCUCAGCGGUAUUUCCGGCCCCAAGGACGUCGAGCCGUACGAGAAGAACGGCGUCGGUGCCGUUCUCGUCGGCGAGGCUCUGAUGAGGGCUUCCAACACCGCUCAAUUCAUCGCGCAGCUCCUGGGCGGCUCGGACGAAACGGUCCAGGCCGCCCCUCGCGCAGCACCGCUCGUCAAGAUCUGCGGCACGCGGUCGGCCGAGGCCGCAAAGACGGCCAUCGAGGCGGGCGCCGACCUCAUCGGCAUCAUCCUCGUCGAAGGCCGCACGCGGUGCGUCUCGAACGAAACGGCCCUCGAGAUCUCCCACGUCAUCCACAACACACCGAAGCCGCACGCGUCCACCACCCCAACAACAACAACCUCCUCCAGCACCCCCCUCCUCCCCACCGCCGCAACCGACUUCUUCGCGCACACCGCCCAGCACCACGUCUCGCACCCCACCCGCGCCCUCCUCGUCGGCGUCUUCCGCAACCAACCCCUCGCCCACAUCCUCGCCCAGCAGCGCGCCCUCGGCCUCGACGUCGUCCAGCUGCACGGCGACGAGCCCGUCGAGUGGGCCCGCAGCAUCCCCGUGCCCGUCAUCCACGCCUUCAGGCCCGGCCAGCCCGGCGCCGCGCGCCGCGGCUACCACGCCCUCGCGCUGCUCGACGCGGGCGCCGGCGGCUCCGGGCAGAAGCUCGAUCUGGGGGAGGUGAGGGGCGCGUUGGAGGCGGAUCCGGGGCUGAGGGUCUUGUUGGCGGGGGGGUUGGGGCCGGAGAAUGUGGGGGAGGUGUUGGAGGGGUUGGGGGGGCUGAGGGAGAGGGUGGUGGGUGUGGAUGUGAGCAGUGGGGUGGAGGUGGAGGGGAGGCAGGAUUUGCAGCGGAUUAGGGCGUUUGUGGAGGCGGCGAAGGGGGCUUGA